UCCGGGGCGGGGGCGGGGGGUGCGGGCACCGGGGACCCCCGUGGCGGCGGCGGCGGCGGCGGCCAGGGGAAGCCGCGGGGCCGGUCAUGCGGCUGCGGGGCCCGCGGCCCGGAGCGUCCGCCCAGCCUUGAGCGAGGCCCCGCAGGGCGCCCCCCGCCGCUGAGGAUGAGUCACUGCAGCAGCCGCGCCCUGACCCUGCUGAGCAGCGUGUUUGGCGCGUGUGGCCUGCUACUCGUGGGCAUCGCGGUCAGCACUGACUACUGGCUGUACAUGGAGGAGGGAACCGUGCUGCCGCAGAACCAGACCACGGAGGUCAAGAUGGCACUGCACGCCGGCCUCUGGCGGGUCUGCUUCUUCGCAGGCCGGGAAAAGGGUCGCUGCGUGGCCUCGGAAUAUUUCCUUGAACCGGAGAUCAACCUGGUGACGGAAAACACGGAGAAUAUUCUGAAGACAGUGCGCACAGCCACCCCGUUCCCCAUGGUCAGCCUCUUCCUCGUGUUCACCGCCUUCGUCAUCAGCAACAUCGGCCACAUCCGCCCGCAGAGGACCAUUCUGGCUUUCGUUUCUGGCAUCUUCUUCAUCCUAUCCGGCCUCUCCUUGGUGGUGGGCUUGGUUCUUUACAUUUCCAGCAUCAACGACGAGGUGAUGAACAGGCCCAGCAGCUCUGAGCAGUAUUUCCACUAUCGCUACGGGUGGUCUUUUGCCUUUGCUGCUUCCUCCUUCCUCCUCAAAGAGGGAGCCGGCGUUAUGUCCGUGUACUUGUUCACCAAGCGCUAUGCGGAGGAGGAGAUGUACCGCCCGCACCCCGCCUUCUACCGCCCGCGCCUCAGCGACUGCUCCGACUACUCCGGCCAGUUUCUGCAGCCCGAGGCCUGGCGCCGCGGCCGCAGCCCCUCCGACAUCUCCAGCGACGUGUCCAUCCAGAUGACGCAGAACUACCCUCCCGCCAUCAAGUACCCCGACCACCUGCACAUCUCCACGUCGCCCUGCUGAGGCCGCCCCGCGCCGAUGGCCACGCCCCGUCUGGACCCUCCCUCCAUUUCAUUGGUCCCUUCCGCUCCCCGGCGGCCCCUCCCCUUC